AUGCCUACUCCUCUGCUCCCGCUGCUGCUCCGCACACUGCUGGCCCGCCUGCUGCUGCCUGCUGCCCGCCUGGCCCGCCAGCACCUCCUGCCCCUGCUGCGCCGGCUGGCCCGCCGCCUGGGCUCCCAGGAUUUGCGAGAAGCUUUGCUGGGCUGUCUGUUGUUCGUCCUCAGUCAGAGACGCCCGCCGGACACUGGGGAGACUUCCAGAGUGGCCCGCCUGGAGAGGAGGGAGAGGCUAGCCUCCCAAAAAUGA